UGUUGAGCUACAUAAAUGAAUCCCAUACUUGGGCUGCUUACCAGCUCGAGGCAAACAGUCCAACAACAUCUGUCACACAGAUUGGCGAGACAUUAGCUCUGGCUCAAUCAUCGCGUUUGAAUGCUCAUUCUUUUGGAUGCGGCAUGUGUCUCCUUUCACUGGGUUCCUCGUUGGUUCUCCUCGCCACUGUGACCGGUACACCGUCGUCAGAGAUAUCGAUCCUUCUCUGGGACAUGCGCUACGGUGUAGUUAUUGCAUCGCAUGCUAUUCCAAUCCCGUCCGCUCUUGCGUCGAGCAUCAAACUGGGCAUUAAUAUGAGCUUACUGCUCGCAGAUGCAGGGCAAGUAUUAUUGACGUUGUGCCCUUCAAAUGUCUCACGGACCGCCCCGUCGACCUCCGAGUCUCCAUAUCGUUCGAUAGUUUACAUCAUUCCUCUGGAUCCAAACUUGAAAUCCACCAUUGCUGGUGCGAUCGGAAAAACCCCCGCAACUUCUGAAUGGUUGGCACCGAAUCCUAAAGCUGAAACGUCGGCGGACAAUGACCCUAGAUCUAAACUGCUUAUCGACAUGGCGAAUCAUUUGCAGCACAAUGAACCCCAUAAGGCGGAUGAAGCAUUUUUCAGAUGGGUCAAGGAGCACACCUCAGCCAGUGGAUCAUCCUCAAGUAAUGCACUGUCAAUCUCGACGCCGGACGGAGCUGCGUCGGAAGCUCUUUAUGGCUACGGUUUUGUCAAAGAGCUUUUAGCCCUAUUCUUCGAAAAGGAGUACACUGAAAAGCCUCAGUACUCUCCGCGUGUCACGCGGCACUUGAUUGAGAGUCGCGUCGUCAGCGCAGGCAUGGUAGAAGGCAGGCUUCUCACAGCACUAAAACAACACGGCGACUGGGAAAGUAUCAUGUUGUCGUUCAACUCGGUAGUCGAUAUCUCCGAGGACGAAAUGAUCUCCCUAGCCAAGGCGCUUGUUGAUAAGCAGCGACAGUCACAGACUGAUCCCGAGGUCAUGGAUGUGGAUAGCAAUAAGGCCUGGACCCCAACUCUAUCGGCUUAUAUGCUGAUGUGUGUCUCAUAUCCAACAUCUCCUGCUGCACUGCGUCUGGCCAUAAGAAAACACUUGCCAGAUGCGCAAGAUCUCAUUUUGAUCUUAGAAUUGUUGGACGGCUGGACAAUUGGUGGAACCGAGGAGUACAUUCGUACCCUUUUAAAAUCUGUCGCGUCGAAUGUUGCGAUAGAACGCCGUGGCGGAGUGGCCCCGCCGUAUGAUAAGACAAUAUCCUUCCUGCAAGUCUUGCUGGACGCCUCGUUUGUUUCUUUGUUGCAAUUCCCUCCGUCACACGAACUGCUUCGGAAUAUCAUGUCUCGUAUAGAACCCGAGAUAGAACUUCAUGAGCGUAUGGGGUACCUUCGAGGAGCAUUGGAACCCUUCGCCAGAGUUCAAAACCGAAUAGUGAAGGAGAGAGCUGAAGGAACACCGAGGGAAACUCCGAACGAAUGGAGAAAAAGACGUAAACAUCAAGAACAACAGAUUGCACUUGGUGUUGGGCUGUACAGACUGGAGGAGCUUAUUAUCUAGUGCAGAUCUGUGUCUCCGAGAAUUAUAGGUUGGAUAUGAGUUCUCUGGAAUGAUCAUCCGUGCACA